GCGAGGCCAGUCGUGGCAGUCUGGCCAUCAGCUUCGUGCCCUUCUCUCGGCCCCUUCCAUUCGCAUUGGCCAUUCGCCAUUGAAGAGAAUCUACGGAUGCCACUGCUUGGCUGGGCCACUACUGUCCCAGACUCUUUCAUUUUCACGUGGAACAGACGGCACCCCAGAGCGGAAUCGGAUUGCGGCAGGGACUGGCACAAAACAAAAGUGUUUGGCGUUCUUGUUUUUCGUUCUGCUUCUGUUUUGUUUCUUCCUAUUGCUUGGUAGAAAAUCAGCUCUAGACCGUUUAUUGCCACAUCUUGUCAGUAUCGAUUGACCAUUCUUGUACCAUAAAUAAUCCCCGUCGUGUCAGUCUUAUCUGACUGGUAGCAUUUCGGUAUCGAGCAUUUCCAGACCGUCCACAAACACGUCUCUUUCAGCCUCCCUUCCCCCUGAAGCCUCUCGUUCUUUUGUUCCCUUCCAGGAACCAGCAAGCCACACACCGAGAGUGCCGUGCCAACCCAAAGGAAGAAGCUCGAACUCGUUCCGGUGCCCGCAUUUUCUGUCCUAGCCAUGGACACAAACUCUGACAAGUCGAAGCUUGACGAAGCAGGCCUAUCAUCGGUGGAGUCCACAGAGCCGGUGAACGGAUACUUUGCGCCACGAGAAAAGGGAAAAGAGCAAGGACAGGCAGAGCCAGCUGCAAACUCAACGUCGCCAGCAGUCACACCGGCAGGCGCGCCGCCACCAGCACCAGUCUCGCCGGUGAGAACUAGAACGCACCGAACCAGCUUCCAUAUGCGCAACCUCUCCUCGUCUUCUCUCGCCAGUCUUACCAACCGCAAGAGCAAGCAGGCCGAUCCUGGAACAACUCUCGCGGAGGCCCACGUUGACCGCACGAAUCUCUCCAUGCCCCCACCUUCCACGGCUAUUACUCACCAAGCGUUGAAAGCCCAUCUGCCAGCCCAAGGUCAUCUUGUCCGUCGAGACUCAUCCCAUUCCGACGCCUGGAGCGAAGACGCCACCAGCCUCCGCCGUGUCCCAACCAAUCCCUCCGAGCAACCUUAUUCCCCUCGAGAUUUUGGAGAUUCUUCUUCGGCAACCGCCAUUGAAGAAUCCGAGACCCCUCGCCUGUUGCCCAGCACUCAGAGCGAGACAGGACUGUAUCGCCACAACCAACUACCAGAACCCGCCUACCGCAGCGCCCGCUCUUCCUUUUCCGAGGCCGGCGCAAGCGCCAGCAACCGCGUGAGCAUUGGGUCGAUUUAUAGUCUUGCCUCUGCUCGCGGAGUCAUCAGCUCAGCUGCUUCUGCCAACGGAAGCGACAACAAUAGCAUCUCUGGCGUCCCUGGCCAUCGGUCAGUGUCUGGCAUCAUGGCUACCAAUAAGGCAGCCCAGCCUGAAGCGACCAUGUCGAACGUCACAGUUACCACGGGAAGUCAGGGAUCUCAUCAGGGUGCCCUUCAGCUUGCUCCUCGGGAGGCGAGAGGUCAAACUGUUGGUGAUAUAGGGAAGACGACUGGUCAGCAAUCUCAAGCAAGUGGCGAUACGCAGCAGAAAACAGGAACAACCCCUACUCCUCGUCCUCAACCUACUCGAUCGCGAAGCCGGGCCAAGCGCAGGUUCAGCGGUAGUACCGCGGCCAGCAGCCACAGCCCUAGCGGAGACCGUGUCGUUUCCCAUCAUCACCACCGCGGAGAGAAGGAAGAACCUAGGCCCGCUCCCUGGGGCGUCAUCGGCGUCUGCGCGCUGGACGUGAAAGCCCGGAGCAAGCCUAGUAGAAAUAUCUUGAACCGCCUGAUUCAGAACCGCGAAUUCGACGUCUGUGUAUUUGGGGACAAGGUUAUUCUUGACGAGUCCAUUGAGAACUGGCCCAUCUGCGAUUACCUGAUCUCAUUCUACUCGGACGGCUUCCCGCUUGACAAGGCCAUUGCGUACGUCAAGGCCAGAAAACCUUUCUGUGUCAACGAUGUGCCUAUGCAAAAGAUUCUUUGGGACAGAAGGCUGUGCUUGAGACUGUUGGAUAGAAUCAACGUCCCCACUCCCCAAAGAAUUGAAGUCAACCGUGAUGGCGGCCCCCGGCUUCUUACACCUGACGUGUGUAAGCACAUCAAGGACAUUAGUGGGAUUGUCUUCGAGCCCACGGAUCCUGAUCCGGAGGCCGCCAGAGCAGCUGCUCCCCGCAAGGUUGAGCUGCUGGAUGGUGGUGACAUCCUGUCCGUUGACGGAACCUUGAUCAAGAAGCCAUUUGUCGAGAAGCCAACCAGCGGUGAGGACCACAACAUCAUCAUCUAUUUCCCUUCUUCCGCAGGCGGCGGCGCAAGGAAGCUUUUCCGGAAGAUUGGCAACAAGAGCAGCGAGUAUGUCGAGGGACUAUCUGUCCCGAGGUGCAUCACCCAUCCCGAGGAGAGUUUCAUCUAUGAACGCUUUAUGCAAGUUGACAAUGCUGAAGAUGUAAAAGCUUACACGGUUGGGCCAACAUACUGCCACGCAGAGACGAGAAAAUCGCCAGUGGUGGACGGCGUCGUGAGGCGUAACACGCACGGCAAAGAGGUCCGGUACGUCACAGGGUUGAGCGCCGAGGAAAAGGAGAUCGCCAGCAAGAUCAGUACCACGUUUGGUCAGCGCGUUUGCGGUUUCGACUUUUUGCGCGCCGGCGGGAAGAGCUACGUAAUCGAUGUCAACGGUUGGAGUUUCGUCAAGGAUAAUGAUGAUUACUACGAUCACUGCGCCAACAUUCUCAAGGAGAUCUUCAUCAAAGAGAAGCUUCGCAAAGAGGGACUCACCCCUCCCAUUCCAUCGCCUGCGAUCUCCGACGUGGACCCUAUGGCGGCCAGCAUGGCGGUUCGUGCGGCGUACGCGAAUAAGGAGAGGGAGUUGGUCGCCCAUGUGGCUGCCCAGCAGGCGCAAAGCAGGGCAAGUAUGGACAAGCCAGCUGUGGCCAGGGAGGUGCCAGGUGAGGUGGUUAGCAGCCAGACAAUCACGAUCAAGGGAGACUCGAAAUACGGGAGCAUACCUGCUAGUCCCUUGGCCAGUCAGUUCUCGUCUUCGGUGGCUGACAGUGUACCUUCUACUGCCCCCUCGACUGUUUCUGCGGCGCCUUCUGUCAUGCAGGUUGACACGCCGACAACCGUUACCGCCGUCCAAGAUGACCAAGAACCUCCUCCUCCACCGCCCCCCAAACCGAGUUGGAAGCUCAAGGGUGUCGUGUCCGUCAUUCGUCACGCGGACCGAACGCCAAAGCAAAAGUACAAGUUCACUUUCCACACUGCGCCGUUCAUUGAGCUUCUCAAGGGCCAUCAAGAAGAGGUUCUUCUCAUCGGCGAGCCUGCCCUCGCCAGUGUCCUCGAUGCCGUGGAUGUGGCAAUGAGGGAGGGUGUUGAAGACCGCAACAAGCUCAAAGCUCUCCGCAACGUGCUCAUCAAGAAGGGCAGCUGGGCCGGCACCAAGGUUCAGAUUAAACCCAUGUUCAGGAAGAAGCCAGAGGACAAGGAGAAGAAGAAGGACAAGAAGAGCGAUACUUCGGCUGAAGAUGACGGCAAGACUGAGAAAAAGAACGAAAUCGACACAAUGAAGGAGGAGGACCACCCACUCCAGACCGAGACCGAGGGCGAAGGUGACAAGGCCGACAGCGAUGCGUACAAGACCCGGAGAUCGCCUAAGCGCCAUGAUUCUCUGUCAGGCGUCACGAUGUCCAAGUUCACCGCCGCGGAAGAAAGCCUCGUUCUCGACAAACUCCAGCUCAUUGUCAAAUGGGGCGGCGAGCCCACGCACUCUGCUCGCUACCAAGCGCAGGAGCUCGGCGAAAGCAUGCGCAGUGACUUGGGCCUCAUGAACCGCGAGGUUCUCGAUGAGGUUCAUGUCUUCAGCUCCUCGGAGCGUCGCGUCGUGACUUCGGCUCAGAUCUGGGCGGCCAGCUUCCUCAACAAGAAGGAUGUGCCCGAGGAUUUCAUCACCAUUCGUAAGGAUCUUUUGGAUGAUUCUAACGCGGCCAAGGACGAGAUGGACAAGGUGAAGAAGAAGCUUAAGGGGCUUCUUCGGAAGGGCAACGAGAGGCCGCCUCAGUUCGCUUGGCCAGACAACAUGCCUGAGCCGGCCGAGGUGCAGACGAGGGUGGUGCAGCUGAUGAACUUCCACCGCAAGGUCAUGCAGCACAACUACGCGAAGCUGUAUAGUGGUGCAGUGAACUCGCUGAACGCCAUCAACAACCCCUCUUCUGGUGAUAAGGGCGCCGCCGAUGGGAACUCCACCUCUGGUGUGUCAAUCUCGUCGCUUGCGUCGGUUGGUUCCUUGUCGCAGGCUAAUGCGGUGACGGGCAUCCAGGCGAGGUGGUGCUGCGGUGAGGAUGCGGAGCUGUUCAAAGAGCGCUGGGAGAAACUCUUCGCCGAGUUCUGCGAUGGCGAGAAGGUUGAUCCGAGCAAGAUCUCGGAGCUCUAUGAUACCAUGAAGUUUGAUGCCCUCCACAAUCGCCAGUUCCUCGAGUGGGUGUUUGCGCCACCAAAGAACAUGCUUGAAGAUGAGUACAAGACCAAUUUCGGAAAAGGUCCGUCGCCAGCGGCAUCUUCGUCGUCGUCGUCGUCCAACGGGAAGACGUCAACCGCGUCGGCAACGGCAUCCAGCUCUGUGCCGGCGAUCGCCAGCGGAAAGGAUUCGGAGGAUAGUGUUCGAGCGGCACCUCUGCCAGAGGAGACUAAAACAGAGAGGUCAGCUUCGAGUCUUAGUGAGAAGAUUGAGAAGGAGGGCCACAAGGCUGUGAAGCGGAUCUUCCGUAGGAGGUCGUUCCUCAACGGCCUGCGACCCUCGAGCAAUGUCGACGCUGAGCUUCCAGAGAGGUACUUUCACCUUCACCGCGGCAACAGCCAGACAAAGGCCAAAACCGACGCCCGAUUUGAGCCCCUUCGGGAGCUGUACCAGCUGGCCAAGGUUCUCUUCGAUUUCAUCUGCCCGCAGGAAUACGGCAUCUCGGACAGCGAGAAGCUUGAGAUCGGUCUUCUGACCUCGCUCCCCUUGCUCAAGGAAAUCGUCCAGGACCUCGAGGACAUGCAGGCGUCCGAGGAGGCCAAGUCAUUCAUCUACUUCACAAAGGAAUCUCACAUUUACACGCUGCUCAACUGCAUUCUGGAGGGCGGCCUCGAGACUAAGAUCAAGCGGGCCACGAUCCCGGAACUGGACUACCUGUCGCAGAUCUCCUUUGAACUGUACGAGAUGCCGGCCAACCCACCCAUUGACGCCGAGGGCACACCCGUGUUCAACUACAGCAUCAAGAUUACCAUUAGCCCCGGCUGUCAUGUGUUCGACCCGCUGGAUGUGCAGCUCGACAGCAAGCACUGCAUUGGGUGCGCGCCCAGGAGAAGCCUGACGGCUCAUGCCGACUGGAUGUUUGUUAUUGAGACCUUGAGGGCAAAGUUCCAUCAAGUCAAAUUGCCCAAGACCUUUUUGGCCGUCAACCUAUCGGAUGCCUUUACGUUCCAAGAGAAGCAGCACAACGGUGACGAGAACGUAGCUACUCCUGGUUCAACCGGUGGAGCUGAAGGUGGCGAGAAGGAAGGCCUGGAGAUGAAGACGGUUGAGCAUGCCGCCGCCACCACUACUGGUCCUCUUGAUAAUACAGCUGAAACCACGGGGGACGCUGCUGCCGCUUCCGAAAGCACCACCAUCACCACUGCUGCUACCACUGAUGAGGUGGAGACUGCCACGCCGACGAAUGAAUCUGUCGCUACUGUCGUCGCCACCCCAAAGGUGGGCGAGAUCAAGGAAGGACAAGCCGAAGAAGCGGCGGAAGAGGGUGUGGAUGCGUCUACACCUGUACCCACACCUGUGGCCGCCGCCGCUGCUAGUAACAUGACCGCCACCCUCAAGACAAGCGACCCAAAGCCGGAAGCUGCUGCUGACGACAAGCUGUAAACUACCGCGCCGCACGGGUAGGGGACGGGGCGGGUGGGGAAGAAAGGACAGGAUAGGGGGAAGCUUGUUGUUGUACAUCAUGAUGUGCGUGGGUUGGGGGUGUGGAUUGGUCUGGAUCGCAUCCUCAGCCCGCUCGUCUUCUUCAUCGCGCCCCUGGAUCGGAAGUCGUUGCCUGUCAAGUAACCUGUUGUCGUUCAGUGGGCCGGCCCGAAUCGCCCAACACCGCACAGAUUCAGUCACUCGUCAUUCUCACACCCCCCUCCACUAGGCAGGCGGUCCCAGCAAAGAGAAAACUGUCACUUAACGGCCCGGGAGUUAUAUCUGAAGCGAACUAGACCGGGGUGUGGGUGCACUAGGUUGAUCGAUCACAAAAGUCAUACCAACUUGGCACGCUUUUACUAGGUUCAUGCUCUGCGGAACAGAUAACGGUGAAAGUGUGUGUGUGCGUGUGUGUGUGUGAUGUCAACCAUGGUGGCUUGCCUUCUUGUCUUGCCUUCUUGUUUUCCUGGUUGAGAGUGGAGAUUUUGGUGUAUGUAAAUACGAAGCAAGUGGAGGAUGGUGGUGACGAGUCCCGAAGUUCCGCCUAAAGAGGGCCGUUUGGCGUGUUUUUGCUUUCCUUCCUUUUUUUUUUCGUGCGCACAAGCAUCAUCGAAGAUCCUUCAGCUUUCCAUUGUUGUUAGCCUUGUCAGGGAUAAAGUAGUAACAGCUGAGCCUAAGCCGGGGUGGGAAAGGCUUGGGAAACCAGGAGAGCGUUUUUGUCUCGAUUAGGCAAUCUGGCAUUGCCUCUGGGCUCUGGGAAUGGAGACGGACGGGUGUAUGUGUUGCAAAAAGGAUCGGUUGCGUAGGGAACCACACCGGCCGGUGCAUUCAUGAGAUAGGAGGUCAACUGAGUAAGCGGCGUCUUUUACUCUGCUCGAUGUGGACCUCCAAUGCAAAGACGCACGACAAAGCGUCUUUGGUUGCGUUUGCUUGGACGUCGUGCAAGGGGAGGGUGGUGUUUACUUUUUCGAGGACUAUAGGUACGGUCAGGCCGGGAAGGCCGGCCGAGGGUGGAAAAGAGCCAAAGAGAGGAAAGAUGAAAAGGCGGCACCCAUGGUUCAAGAAACAACGGAUCCGGAGGUUUGCUGGUUUACAACUGGAGGAGUGGAUUCAGAGACAACGACCCCAGCCUGUUUGGGAGAGAUUGUGCUAUCUGGGGGAAGGGCAUGGAGGAAUUGCUGGGAAUGGGGGGGG